AGCAGAUGCCAAUGUGCGGGACAAGAGCUAUUCUGGGCCCCUGCCUAUCUUCAACCGCAGCCAGCAUGCACAUGUCAUUGAAGACCUGCACUGCAACCUGUGCGACGUGGAUGUGUGAGUGCAUGAGUGUGAGUGAAUGUGGGCCAUGCGUGUGCCUGGAGGAUCACCAGUUACAUUCGGGGUAAAUAGGGUCAUGCUAGGCUUCACGGUUAUGCCUCGGAACACUUGUUCUUUCCAUAGUUAAGAGUUGUGGUGGAGGGUGGGUAUGAUGGCGCACACUUUUAAUCCCAGCACUUAGAAGGCAAGAGGCAGGCAGAUCUCUGUAAGUUCAGGCCAGCCUGUUCUACAUAGUGAGUUCCAGGACAGUCAGGGCUACACAGUGAGACCCUAUCUCAAAAACAAAACAAAAAGAGUCUUAGUAGAGCUGGGCAUGGUGGUGCAUACCUGUAAUCCCAGCAAUUGGGAGGCUGAGGCAGGAGGAUUUCAGUGAGCUUGAGAGUAGCCAGGACUACAUAGUAAGUCAUAGAUUCAAACAAACAAACACAACAAAAAGUCUUGGCAGAGUGACCUGCGAGUGAUUAGAAAAAAGGAUGGGGAAUAGCAUUUCCUAGAGUAAAACCAGGAGGCCUUUGGCAGCACCACAAUCAUUUCUAAAUGACUAACUCUACCAGUGACAUAUUUGUCUCUUAAAAGCACCCAGAUAGGGGCAAGAGGGGAGUUAAGGCUUAUAUGUUCUGUGCUAAGUACUGUGUUCUUUAACAAAAGAGCCAGGACCUACUGCUCAGAAAGCUGGGAGGUGUCCUGAAGUCACUAAGAUACUGAGCAGCAGAGUCAAGGCCACAUUAGCUGUGUAACCCUCCCACCCCCCUAACCCCCACCCCCGGCACCUUUACUCAGUUACCCAUGAGGGGUCUGAGGCCAGAGAGGCCAAGUGGCUUGCUUCAUGUCCUACUGCUCUUGAGGAGAGUAGACAAUGUGGAACACCCAUUCUCCUCCUUUGGCACAUCACAGUACCUCUCUAGGACUCUUCCCUACAUUACUGGAGCUUCGAAAUCUCCAGACUCAGGCAUGGGUUGACUGAUAGAGUGUGGCUCCACACUUGGAAUCUGGAGGCCUACAGUAGCCUGUGGGAAGGGUCUGUCUACAGGAACCAGAGGCCUGUGGUCAUUCCCUAAGCAGCAGCUAGCACAUGUUCUGAGUGGCUCUGGCAGUUGAUUUCCAUGAGUAAUGGAGGGAGAUCAUGUGCUCCUCUCCCAUACUCAUUUGGGUCUUCCGUGAUGCCUCCGGGGGAGACCCCACUUGUAGCCUAAUGUGGCCUUCUCUCACGUGUCCCUUGCCCAUGAGCUUCCUUAAUGCCCCUAGUUGACAGUGAACACCUCUCCUUUUGGCUCCUUUACAGUUAGCCCACACAGGCCUUCUGGAAGAGUGCCAGAAAAAUUCCCGUAGGAUGGCAAGGAAAGUGACCCCAAAAUGGAGCUGUUAGAAGUGCAAUUAAGGCACCAGUUGGGCAGCUAUGCAUUCUGCCUCAGGUCCCACACCUGCAUCUUGUGUGUGGUCUGGCACAGAGGUCCUCGCUUGGAAAGAACGCCUCUUUUUCCUUCUCAUGCGAACUUUACGUAGGAGUGCGCGAUCCAAACACUGCAGCGCCUGUAACAAGUGCGUGUGCGGCUUCGACCAUCAUUGCAAAUGGCUCAACAACUGCGUGGGCGAGAGGAACUAUCGGCUCUUUCUACACAGUGUGGCAUCUGCUUUAUUGGGUGUUCUGCUCCUGGUGCUGGUGGCCACAUAUGUCUUCGUGGAGUUCUUUGUCAACCCCAUGCAGCUUCGUACCAACCAACACUUUGAAGGUCGGUGUGGGUUCUUGACACAGACAUCUUUUAAUCAAUGCACCCCGACCGACCCCUGGCUAAGCACAGACUGCCUAUGCCUUGCAGUCUUGAAGAAUCACACAGAUGUGUGGUUUGUGUUCUUGCCUGCUGCCCCUGUGGAGACCCAGGCUCCUGCCAUCCUGGCCCUGGCUGCCCUACUCAUCCUUCUAGGCCUGCUUUCUACAGCCCUGCUUGGCCACCUGCUCUGCUUCCACAUUUAUUUAAUGUGGCACAAGCUUACCACCUAUGAGUACAUCGUACAGCACCGCCCAGCUCAGGAAGCAAAGGAGACCCACAAGGAGCUUGAGUCAUGCCCCCGAAAGAUGCGGCCCAUACAGGAGAUGGAGUUUUACAUGAGGACCUUCAGCCAUGUGCGUCCAGAGCCCUCUGGCCAGGCCAGGCCAGCAGCAUUAAAUGCCAAGCCUUCCCAGUUUCUUGCCACCCAAGGCCAAGUGGAACCACCACUGCCCUCCUCCUCCUCAGACACACUGGCUCUGCCUCCACGGAUCCAACCCCAGAAAAAGAGGAAGCGGCGUGUGUAUAGAUUGCCGAGGUCUGGGGUCUUGGACCGGGAGCUCCCGCUGCCCAGGUUACGGGAGACUGGGACCCCUGGCCGCCACUCCAGCUCUUCAUCGGAUUCCACCAAUGCCAGUCCGGUGCAUGCGGCUGGCUCUGCAGGCGCUUACUACUCAGCAUCAGCCGAGUCCAUGGAAGAGAUUCCAGUGGCCCAGACACGCCUGGGCAGUGCUGCGCUGGGCGCCCCAGGAGCCAGGGGCCGAGAGUCGGGGCUGGCAGUACAGGCACGCUCGCCGGCCGUUUUUGUGAGCCCGAGCAGCGGCGAGCCCGGGACACCUGGCGGCGGCGAAGAUGGCCUGCCUUAGUGCCGUGUAGGAACUGCAGGCCCGACUCUAUGCAACACCCCAUCUUCGCCGCACGGAGUGCAUUUUAGGGGCCUCAAGGCCGGCGGGAUCGGCCUCCCUUGCCCAAGACUCAGCAAUAUCCGCUCCACCAGCCCUGAUGCUCCAAUAAACUUUUUUUUAUGCUUUUG